CCCGCCCCCGCACCCCCACCGCCCAUUUCAGACCGGUAAGCGCGGAGCUAACAGCUCCACACAAUCCACCGUCCUGGACGCCGCUGGCGGCUGGUCCUAAGCAGCCCGGCCCCACCCAGCCCGGCCUUCUCAGGAGAUUCUGGAUUCAGCAGACACCAACACAAGAAAAAGAAGAGAGGGAGAGGUGACCUGAGCCGGGAUGGGGGACACCCCAGCUACUCAGGGAGCCCCCAGGAGACGCAAGAUCCCCACUGGUCGGUCUGGGAAGUACAGAGUCAGAUCUGAAGGCCUGACCAACAUGAGCACAGUUAACUUUGGGGACGAGCUACAAGAUAAAGACACAGAGUUCACCUGGGAGGUGAAGGCCAACGACCGAGCUUACCACAGGCAGUUCAAAGACAAAGGCUUCCUAUGCUGGAGGAGACAGAAAUACAAGAACAACGCCAUCCACACAGCCAAGUACAACAUCUUCUCCUUCCUACCGCUGAACCUGUAUGAACAGUUUCACCGCGUGUCCAACCUCUAUUUCCUCCUCAUCAUCAUUCUGCAGGGUAUCCCUGAGAUCUCCACACUCCCCUGGUUCACGCUCUUUGCCCCAUUGGUCUGCCUGCUUGUGAUCCGAGCCACCCGGGACCUGGUGGACGAUAUUGGACGCCACUGGAGUGAUAAGGCCAUAAACAACAGGCCCUGCCAGAUCCUGAGAGGGAAGAGCUUUCUGUGGAAGAAAUGGAAACAUUUGUGUGUGGGAGACGUUGUGUGUCUCAGCAAAGACAGCAUUGUCCCGGCAGACUUGCUGUUGUUGGCCAGCACGGAGCCCAGCAGCCUGUGCUAUGUGGAGACUGCAGACAUCGAUGGGGAGACCAACCUGAAGUUCAGACGGGCCUUGACAGUCACCCACCAUGAACUUACCAGUGCAAGGAAGAUGGCAUCCUUCAAGGGUAUGGUGAUCUGUGAGGAACCCAACAGCCGGAUGCAUCACUUUGUGGGGAGCCUGGAGUGGAACAAUAGGAAAUACCCACUGGAUAUUGGAAACCUCCUCCUGCGGGGCUGCAAGAUCCGAAAUACAGACACUUGCUAUGGCCUGGUUAUCUAUGCUGGUUUUGACACAAAGAUCAUGAAGAACUGUGGAAAGAUCCAUCUGAAGAGGACCAAGCUUGACCUGCUCAUGAACAAGCUGGUGAUCCUGGUCUUCAUGUCCCUGGUGGUGGUGUCUCUGGUUCUGAUGCUGGGCUUCAACUUCAUGAAGAAGGAGUUCAAGGUCAAACACUACUACAUGUCGAUGCUGCCUCAGCGCUCUGAGGCCAUGGAAUCCUUCCUCAUCUUCUGGGGCUUCCUCAUCCUCCUUAGUGUCAUGGUCCCCAUGGCCAUGUUCAUUAUAGCCGAAUUCAUCUACCUGGGCAACAGCUUUUUCAUCAACUGGGACCUACAGAUGUACCAUGAGCCCCAGGACAUGCCAGCCAAGGCCCGAAGCACCAGCCUCAAUGACCAACUGGGUCAGGUUCAGUAUAUCUUCUCUGACAAAACAGGUACCCUGACCCAGAACAUCAUGACCUUCAAAAAGUGUUGUAUCAACGGUUACAUCUAUGAUUCAGAUGAUGAACAUGGGACCCUCAGGAAGCGGAACCCUUACACCUGGAACCAGUAUGCAGACGGCAAGCUCCACUUCUACAACAGGGAGCUGGAGUUCAUUGUCAGGGGCCAGCAGGACAUCUCAGUGCAGGAGUUUUGGCGUGUGUUGGCCAUUUGUCACACUGUGAUGGUUCAGGAGAAAGACAAUCAGCUGCAGUACCAGGCCGCCUCCCCAGAUGAGGAGGCACUGGUCACCGCUGCCCGGAACUUCGGCUAUGUGUUCCUGUCUCGGACCCAGGACACCAUCACGCUGGUGGAGCUUGGGGAGGAACGCGUCUACCAGGUUUUGGCCAUGAUGGAUUUCAAUAGUGUCCGAAAGCGAAUGUCGGUGCUGGUCCGAAACCCAGAGGGUUCCAUCCGUCUCUACACAAAAGGGGCUGACACGGUCAUCCUGGAGCGUCUUCACAAGAAGGGGGCCAUGGAGGCUACCACAGAGGAAGUCUUGGCUGUCCCUCUCCUCUGGUCUGGCCUGCAGAGUUGGGAAUCAGCUGUGUGUCCAAGGGUUUUGCUGAGUGACCUCAGGAUGUCAUGGUCUGCUGUGGGGAGGGCCUUCGCAGAGCAGACCCUGCGCACCCUAUGCCUGGCCUACAAGGAGGUGGCUGAGGACGCUUACAAACAGUGGGAGCCAGAGCACCAGGAGGCUGCACUCCUGCUGCAGAAUCGUGCGCAGGCCCUGCACCAGGUGUACAACAAGAUGGAGCAGAACCUGCAGCUGUUGGGAGCCACGGCCAUCGAAGACAAGCUGCAGGAAGGGGUCCCCGAGACCAUCAAUUGCCUUAAAAAGGGGAACAUCAAAAUAUGGGUGCUGACGGGGGACAAGCCAGAGACAGCAGUGAACAUAGGCUUUGCUUGUCAGCUGUUGUCGGAGAGCAUGCUCAUUCUAGAAGACAAAGACAUCAACCCUAUACUGGAGACCUACUGGGAGAGCAGCAACAAGCACAAGGCCCCCAAGCUGCUGGCCCACCAGAACAUGGCCUUGGUUAUCAAUGGGGACUUUCUGGAUCAACUGCUAGUGUCCCUGCAUAAGGAGCACCGGGCCCUGGUCCAGAAUGUGGUGGUGGAUGAGGCCCCUCAAGAGUCUGUCCAGUCCCGACAGAUCUCUCAGAUGUGGCGGAACUUCAGGUCUUCCAUGUCACCAUCACCGUCAGCUAUCUCCAAGACCCGAGAGAGCCCCGAGGUGCAGCGGGAGAGGGCCUUUGUAGACCUGGCUUCAAAAUGCCAGGCAGUAAUUUGCUGCCGGGUGACACCCAAGCAGAAGGCCCUGGUGGUGGCGUUGAUGAAGAAGUACCAACAGGUGGUGACGCUGGCCAUCGGGGACGGAGCCAACGAUGUGAACAUGAUCAAGACUGCAGAUAUUGGCGUGGGGCUGGCGGGUCAGGAGGGCAUGCAAGCAGUUCAGAACAGUGACUACGUGCUAGCCCAGUUCUGCUACCUGCAACGGCUGCUCUUGGUGCAUGGGCGCUGGUCCUACAUGCGGGUCUGCAAAUUCCUCCGCUAUUUCUUCUACAAGACUGUGGCCAGCAUGAUGGGUCAGAUCUGGUUCUCUCUGUACAACGGCUUCACUGCGCAGCCUCUGUACGAAGGCUGGUUCCUGGCACUCUUCAAUCUGCUGUACUCCACACUCCCUGUCCUCUACAUUGGGCUGUUUGAGCAGGAUGUGACCGCACAGAAGAGCCUGAGGAUGCCUGAAUUAUACACCGCUGGCCAGAAGGAGGAGCUGUUCAACUACACCAUCUUCCUACAAGCCAUCUUCCAUGGUGUCAUCACCUCCCUCAUCAACUUCUUCAUGACUGCACUGCUCAGCCACAACUUAUCUGUGUCCGGCAGCUCCAGCGACUACCAGUCCUUUGGGGUGCUGGUGGCGAUUUCCGGGCUGCUGUCUAUCACCUUGGAGGUGAUUCUGGUCAUCAAAUACUGGACUCUUCUGUGUGUGGGUAGCAUCAUCCUCAGCCUGGGCUCUUAUGUGUUCAUGACAAGCCUCACCCAGAGCCUGUGGCUGUACAAGCUCUCUCCGAAGACCUUCCCAUUUCUGUCCCUCCAGCCUGCUGGUGAUCUUGCUGAAUGUGGCCUUGAACAUGGUGCCUGCCCUGGGCUUACGCAUGAUCUACAGAGCUCUCUGGAAAUUGCGCCCCAAGGAGGAGGAGGAGGCCCCGAGUGAGGAGGUCGAGGUGGAGCCCACAGUGAUGCAUCUCCGCAGAGGGAUCCCGGCCCGGAGAUCCAGCUACGCCUUCUCCCACCGUGAGGGCUAUGCUGACCUCAUCACGCAGGGCACCAUCCUGCACAGGCCUACAGGAGACUUUGGGGACAUGACUUGUGACUUCCCAAUCCCAUUGGAGGAGGAACUUCCCUCAAUUGGCAAGGAAUCCAUAUGUAACCCUCGGAGGAUGUCUGUCUUGACCAGGAAGAAACACCAGCACUUAAGAAAGGGGUCCUCAGAGGACACCCACACCAACACUACCAGCUCCUACCCCACCAUGAACAGACAGGAUGCAAUCCACUCAGAGAACUAGAAGUGGCCUCCAGUCACCCCUGGCUUGUACACAUCAUUUCAGGGGUCACUGUCUGAUGACCAGGUCUUCCACAGUGCCAUUUCACAGUACACCCUGCAGACCCAGUGGAAGCACUUGGACCUGAGGUCUUCAUCCUCAGGGACAUCCUUAUGGAAGACCUGGCCCUUUACCAGUGAGAACCAGCCUGAAGCACUCCUGGGGGAAGCAAGGCCACUACCCAGGAUGACUGCCAACUCGUCCCUGGGAGAGACCCUCCAGUACGGCAAGACAGUUGUAUGUGAGUGAGCAGCACAGCUCUGAGCUGGAGCCCUGGCCCACAGAGACGCAAGCAGCACCGGUGCAGUGGCUGCCCCUCCCCUUCCAAGACCAGCUUCCACCCAGCUCGAACCAGCAGCCUCCACUGCUCCCGGAGAAGUAGGCAGCACCAUCAUGAAGCCAGUCAGCAAACAGCAGGACUUCGUCGGAAGACAGAGGGCUAUCUCUAUGCCUUUUUCUAAUAAACCAGGUCCCUCCUACCUGAGGGCUUCUUUGGACUCUUUUCUUUUAGGUGGAAGCCAGGGAAUAGUCCUUCCUGAGUUAAAAAAGAGAGCACUGACCCCUAGUAGUCAAGUGCAGUAAUUGCAGGAAAUGUUUUAAUUUUUAUAAUUUUGUUUCUUGAGACAGGGUCUCACUAUGCAGCCCCUGCUGGCCUCGAAUUC